ACUUACAUUUUUCAGCAAGUUUAAUUGAACACAAAUGAAUUAAAGUGAAUUGGAAUAUAAAUACAAAAAAUACUAUAUUUCAAAACAAAUGUGUCAACCACCGAAGUGAGAAGCUGUGAAAAUAACAAUAAAUAAAAUACAACAGUUUUGUUUAAUUUUCAAAUUUAUUAAAAUUGCAUAAGUGUAAAGCUAUUCCCAAGGACGCUCAUUUAGUGCCUAAAGCACUCAGACGAAUUGAAUUAGAUUCGUAUAUGUAAUAGGAGUAUUCGUAUGUACGUAUGUACACACCAAUGUUCAUGCCCCUCACGUAAUCACAUAUUUGCAUAGACUGAACAUUCCAGACAACGCUCUCUCGCAGGAGAGAAAAGAGAUAAAAAACCACAACUACAAACCAGGGAUAUCAACAGCAACCUCCGCCUGCUCCAAGUGCGCGCGGGGCUAAAUUACAGACACAUACCGACACACCAGACACAUUCAGGAUGGGGCGGCUGUCACAAACGCUCGCCAUCCUGCUGCUGGUGGCCGCUUUAGGCUCCAUAACUGCAGAGAUAAACUCACCGCCUCGUAUUAUCAAACAGCCGCCAACAGAUGAACUGCUUUUCAAAGUCGCGGUACAAAGUAAGGAAAGUGAUAAACCAUUCAUCAUCGAGUGUGAAGCUGAAGGAAAACCAGAUCCAAGUACAGUAAGUAGAUCGUCAGCGUUGCCGUUACAAGAGCUAAUGGCACAACGUCCCCUUACAACUACAAAUCCUUAG